AAAUAAAACCAAAAGAGCUCAAUCCAACUAACUCAAAUUCCACAUUCCUAAUUUACAUUCAAAUUGGGUCUUUUUUUUUUUACUUCACUUGGCUACCUCUCUGCCAUAGAAAUCAAGAAAAAAAAAUUAAAAAUGGAGAUAAACCAGUCAUGGAGACUCAGAUUAUCUUUCAAGAACGCCACAAUUUUGCUAACACUCUUCAAUUUGAUCACCGCCCUUUUUUUUCUUCAGAGCUUCCUCUUUUCUUCUCCCAACAACAGACCCUCAUCAUCUAACCAGUUCAAUUCAGUUCAGCUGCGCUAUAUCAAGGAGUCUGAAGAGAUACGUUUGGCCAUGCAACCGUGGAAGCUGAUAAAGAGGGUGAAAGAAAUUCAGAACGAAAAUUAUGCAGAAGAAGAAACAGUUCAACAGAAGGAUACAAAACAAACUGCUGCUGUUGACCUUUCUAAACGGUUAAAGGAUCUCCGAUCCGUUAACGAUGCUGCCAAUCUGAAAGCUUAUGAGGAAUGGCGGAAAAGGAAGGUGGAACGGGCAAGAUUAAGGGAACUUGAGAAAAACUGAACAGAGACCCCAUGAUGACAGCAUUGCACGGAGGACUGUCCCAAGGUCUUAACUACACUUCAAAUCAUCUCAUCGUGCAGGCAAAUACUUAUGCUGCUUCUGUUGUUGUUAAUGGUUCUUCCACUACCUGUAAAUUUUUGAAUCCCUCUCCUAAUGCAUCGGAUUAACUUUUUGGAGAUACAGCUGCCAAAAUCAUCAACUUUCAAACAAUAACAAAAUUGCUAAAAUAUCUUAAAUUUUUUAAGAUUACAAAAGUGAAAUUAAGUAUAUUAUUUUGAAUUUCGAUAA